AUGGGGCCCUUCACUUCCGGCUGCACGUUCGCCUUAUGGUCGAACCUUUCCCGGUUGGCCUACUGGCCGCUGGGGUUGGGAAAUUCUCUAAUAUUGUUGGGUGAUAUUGAAGCCAAUGACGUGGGCUACUCAUUGAUCCAGGGCAAAUCAAUUAGAGAAGUACGGAGUUAUGUGUCUUAUAUAACAGAAGCACAGAUAAGUGCAACAAGAGAGCUUAUCAACAUGGGUGCGAGACAUAUAAUAAUUCCUGGAAAUGCUCUAAUUGGUUGCUUUCCAUAUAUCUUAACUGCACUGCGCAGCAAUCAUCCCGACGCUUACGAUAAUAUGGGUUGUCUUAAAAGCGUAAAUGAUCUAAUCGCAUAUAAAAACGACAAUCUCCAAGCAGCUAUGAGAAAUCUAAGCAGAGAGUUCCCAGACGUUAGCAUAAUGUAUGGCCCGAUGGACGAAGGGAUGCGGCAAGUUGUUACCGAGACAUUAGCAGGCCA